UACAAAUACAUAAACACGAGAGUAAGAAGUAUGCUGUGGGUCUUUGCAGUGAUACCGAAUGGACCGUCACUUAUACGGGUUUUAUUCGAUUUAAGAUACUCUUCAUUAAAGAUGGCGGAGCGGGAACGUGAUCCGUAUUAUUUGGAAUUACCAUUUACUGACACUCAGCGAGGUCUACAAGCUACAUGGGGUCUAGGCAAUCAGUUAUUUGUUUUCACUGGCAAAAAUCCACUUGUAUCAAAAGAGCAGAAUGUAGGUGGAGGUGUGGCUCAGAUACAUGAUGUGAGAUGGGAGACAGAUAUGCAUGGACAAAUCACCCGUAAACUUGUCAAUGAAACUCACAAUGUGUUUGUAACUCUACAGGAACAAGUCCAAGAGGCCUCUGGUAAAGGUCUUAAAGGUCUUAAACCACUACUUGCUAAAGCCAGUAAGCAAUACAGAAGUGUCCUGAAAGCCUGCAGUCUUGAUGUGUUCAAUAAAUCAAAUUCUACAAGAGAUGAGCAGAUACAGGCCAUGUGUGAGGAGCAGUUAAAGAUAUUUAACACUACAGAGUUAAUCUGGAGCUUGUGUGAAAUACUUUGGAUUGAUGUAGCACCAGGAGGUAUAGUUAUCUCUCAGCUGUUGGACUGGUUACGCUGGCACUUCACAGAGGGAGAAAAUCUCUAUUCUGAGAUACAGAAAGAAGAAUUCCAAGAGGAACAUCAUGAAUACUGGGAUUGUAUAUAUCGCUUAGUUCUUCAAGGUCAGCUUGACAAAGUGAGAUAUCUUCUCUCCAAACAUUCUUCAUUUAAAACAGAUGCUUUCCAGAGUAUAGAUGAUGUUCUGAGAAAGAUGCCACUUUUCAGUCAACUAUUCCGAGGUAACUCUAUAUCUGAGUUUGACAUGAAAUGGCGGCAUUGGAAGGAUGAUUGUGAGAGAAGAUUUGAAUCUGGAGAAUUUGCUGCAUGUGAUAAUCUUGUCAUUAUAGCAAGGAUUCUGAUUGGAGAUGACUCGGUUUAUACAGAACUUAAAGAUUUAUGUGAAACUUGGUAUCAUAUGUUAGUAUCCAAGAUGUUAUACCAGAAACCAACUGUCAAAUCUAUAGAUCUACACUACUAUGUUCAAUCUUGUAUGGAUGAAUUCCGCAGUGAUGGUCGAGUCAGUGAGACUGAUAGUAUAUUGUUGUCAGCACUAGAGUUUGAUAUACAUCAAGUCAUUAAAGACUGCAGUGCUGUUUUAAGUGGAUGGUGGUUUGUUGCACACCUUACAGAUAUAUUACAUCAUUGCGGACAGUUGGAGUCUCACAGGCUAGAAUUUGGAUCAAAUUUACGAGAAUAUUUACUCCUACAGUAUGCAACAAGUCUGAUGUCUCAUAAAAGCCUGUGGCAAGUUGGUGUUGAUUACCUCGACUUUUGUCCAGAAUUUGGCAGGCAGUACUUAGAACACUUCAUAGAAAAAAUUCCUAUAGAAACGGAGAAAAAGGCAAACAAAAUGUUGUACAUAUGUGAGAAACGAAAUAUGCCUGAACAAGUAAAGAGUAUUUGCAAAAUAAUGGGUAUGAGAUGUAUCAAGAAUAAAAGAUUAGGAGCAGCAUUGUCCUGGUUCCUCAGAUCAAAGGAUGUGGCAUUUGCAACAUUAAUUGCUGAAAAGUUUCUAUCGGAGUAUAAUGAACAAGGAUAUUUCUCCAACCUUGACCUUAUAGAUAAUCUAGGUCCUAGCAUGCUGAUAAGCAGUAGGCUGACUUUUUUGGGCAAGUACAGAGAGUACCAUAGACUGUAUGAGGAGAAGGAACUGUAUGCAGCGGGAUCUUUACUACUGUCAUUACUCACAUCAAGACUCGCACCUAGAGAGUUUUGGAUUACUUUACUGAAAGAUGCAAUUACUCUCCUAGAAGCAAAAGAAUGUAUAUAUGGAAGUAAAGAGACAUUUGAACUGAUGCAUUGUUUAGAGGAGCUGACCAAGGAUAGACAAUAUCUCAGUACAGAUAUUGAUACUGAUGAUUUAUCUGAUUUAAAAGAGACAAUAGACUUACUGAAUCUGGCAUUAACAAGAAAUCUGGCCAGGUCUAUAGUUAUGGAGGGAAGUAUAAAACCGUCAUAGAUGAGCUUCAGUGAAAUAUAACAUGGUGACAGUGUUCAUAGAGAUAUGUGUUUCAAUUAAUGCUGUACAGUACUAGGAUAAUAUGUGCUAGUGUAGUUGUACAUGUCAGUGUUUAUAAAACAUAAAUAUACAGUAAAAUCUCUAUAGAGUAACAUCAUGUGGGAUACAAUAAGUUAAGUUGUUGUUCAAAGCUUUGUGGAGGUUGAUUUCAUAAUGACCUCAAACUUUAGGAAGAAUCAAUACUGUUGUUAUAGAGAUGUUAUUUCUCUACUGACGGCCACUUAACAGAGGUUCACUGUACAUGGAAAUAGUGCACAAGUCUUUACUGUGACAAAAAUAAUGUACAGAUCAUCACUGUGACAAAAAUGUGCCGGUUUUAGUGCAUGGGAUACUUUAAGACAAACAGAAAGUCAAACAUAAUGAUGUGUUAAAAUACAGAAAGAAAAUAUAAAGAAAAUGCUAAUAGACUACUCUCUGAAUGAUUAUAGUGAUUGUGAAGAAAAAGUUGACAUUAAAUGUGAUGUGUUGUCAGUUGAUUAUGUUUUGAUUUACAUUAAAUUUUACAGUGUGAAAGAAGGAAGUGACUUCUCAUCUAAAAACUGUAAAAAUGAUAUUUCCAAAUUGUUAUAUUGUGUACAUUAAAUACAGUAAAGUGCAAAUAAAUAAAUAAUAUUUACAAUA